AUGUCGAUCCGGGUCAGGCUGGAGAACCCGCCCGAGUUCUACACCAACCUUGACUUCAUCCAGGGCCAUGUCGUGCUCUCACUCAGCCGCCCUGAGCAAAUCGGUGCCAUCAUCGUCAAGCUAGAGGGCGAGUCACGCACCGCCCUCGGCGUGCCCACCGACAGCCCGGGCAUGGGCAUUGCGGGCCGGGAACGGUCCACGAGCGGCGACACCCUUCACGAAAACCACAAGAUCCUGUACAAGGUCGGCCAGGUCUUCCCCGAUGAGACCGGCCCGGCCCCCAUGCAGCAGCCGCACAUGCUCAACCCGGGCCAGCAUAGUUUCCCCUUCUCCUUCAAGUUCCCCUUUAACAAUGCAUGCGGCAACGUCGAGGCCAUGUCCCGCAUCGGCGGCGUCGUCAACGCGGGCGGCUUCUUUGGCGCCGGCUUCCGCGUCAUGGACGGCACCAAGCAACUGAUGUACUCCCACGUCACCAAGACCCUGCCCCCGAGCUUCACCGGUUUCCCCGGGGAGGCCGAGAUUCGGUAUUAUGUCAAGGUGACGGUCCAACGGCCGGGGAUUUUCAAGGAGAAUUGGCGGCACCAGAUGGGGCUCAAGUUCCUUCCCAUUGAGCCCCCACGGCCAGUGAAGACGAACCAGGAGGCCUAUGCCCGCCGUCCCUUCACUUUCCAACCCAAGAGCCCCACCCCGGCCCCGUACCCGAAGAAGCGCUCGUCCUUCUUCGGCCGGUCCUCAAGCGGGCCCUCCACGCCCGUCAUGGCCGCCGACGGCUUCUCUUCCAACGGAGGGGCAGCGUCGUCGAACCCGCCGUCCGUCGAGAUGUCCGCUCGUCUCCCGCAUCCGGCUAUUCUCACUUGCAACAAGCCGGUGCCCCUGCGGCUGAUCGCAAAGAAGCUGCUGCCGUCCAGCGGGGAUGUCUACCUCACAACAAUCCAGAUCGACCUCGUCGGCAAGACCACCGUCCGCUGCCAGAAUCUCGUCAACAACGAAAUGAGCCGCUGGGUGGUCUUGUCUCGCCACGGGCUGUCCAUCCCCGUGGCUAAACCCGAGGACGCCGUGGGGACGGAAAUAGCUGUGCCUGACUAUCUCUGGACGGAUGCUCCGUUGCCCAACACCGUCAUGCCCAGUUUCCUCACCUGCAAUCUCAGCCGCGACUACCAACUCGAAAUCAAACUCGGUCUAGCCUGGGGCAAGCCCUCCGGCCUCCCCAGCACCUUUCUCGGCCGGCCCAAAAACAGCCCCCACCUCGCCAGCCACAUCCCCCAAGAACUCCACCUCCCCCUGCACUUCAGCAGCAUCCAAGUCUACUCCGGCCUCGCCCCGCCUCCAGCCCUCGUCGAAGCCCUCCGUCAAGGCCGCGGCCGGCGUAACUCCCGGCCCCCCAAGACGGGUUCCGGUCCAUCCACUUCGCAACGACCCCCUCGGACAUCAACACAAACAGCCCCGACCCUCCCGCCACGCCCAUCCCCUCAAACACAAGUCCAACAACCCCCAGAAGCCCUCUACCCACCCCAACUCGCACCAGGCGAAAUCCCCCCUUACGACGAUGCCCCACCAACCUACGAAGAAGCCAUGGCGGAAGAGAUGACGGGGCCCGCGAUUCCAAAUGGAGGUGCGCGGCCGGCAUGGAGCGGCGUGACGGAUGAGAAUCAGCCUAGUAGUCUUGGUGGGGGGGCGGAGAAGGGGUAA